GACGCGCCGAUCAGGAAAAGACCGAUCCGGCUACAGCCGUGCGUCUCACCAAAGACGGCACGAUACCCCUUUUACCCCGACCCGAUCGAUCUGUCUCGCUCCUUCCCCUCGCUCGAUCCGUCUCUCUCGUGGCGCCGCCUCCAUCCCAUCGCUAGGGUUCGGCUCCACUCCGACCUUCUUCGCCCUCUGUUCCGAGCUUCCGCAGGACCUUCUUCUGCAGGAGCCAUCCGCCGCCUCCCACGAUCCACAUCAUGCACGUCAUGCCAGACCACCCUUCCCCCGGCGAUCGCCGCCACCCCCACAUCCUCUUGGACAAGAAUUGCCUAAUCGGAUAUUUGGAAAACUCCAGCACCGCGAAAACCAACAACAGCCAAGGAUUCGGCGUCGAGGUCUCCUUCAAAACAGCCGAUCCCCCGGCUAUCUCACUGUGCUUUGCCUGCUGCGUCGAUCGUCAGACCGGGAGUAGUUUGGUUGCGGAGCCUUUUAUACUUGGCAUAGCCGGAAGGUUCGUGCUGCUGGCUAUCACUUUCUUGGACAGCGCCAACCAUUAUCGGCGGUUCAUCGACUAUUUCGUCUACAAAGCAGGAGCGCCAGGUUCCGCCUCUCUCCAUCUUCUCCCAAGGCCCUAUCCGUCUUCUUUCUCGCGAAAUUUGGUCGCCGUCUUGCCUGUCACUGACAACAACAGCGAAGAAGACUUUGCUGCCGUUUUCCCUCGUGUUGAAUAUCUCGUGCCCGAGUCUCGCAGACAUUACACGCUCCACGUCUACCGCUCCGACACGAAUGAUUGGCACUCUCAGGCGGCUUAUGUCGCAGAGGAGGAUGGUGAAACAAGGAAUGCUAAACAUAAGAUAUCGGUUCAUAACGCCAUGAGCGUGGCCUAUGCAGGAAAGGGUGUCAUAGGCUGGAUCGAUCUUUGAUGGGGAAUUCUCUUAUGCAAUGUUUUGGACAGCAAGCCUAUCAUCCGUUUCAUCCCGUUGCCAAUACCGGAACCGUGUGAUCCCUCUGAGUUCCACUUGACGUAUGAGGAUUUCACCCCAAGACCACACCGUCAUGUCACGAUAUGCAAUGGUCUGAUCAAGUUUGUUGGGUUAAAUUUCCAUGCGGAUAAUGCUAUUCGCAGCAUGAAGCAAGCACAAGAUCAUGGUUGGACGGCUACUACAUGGACCAGAUCAAUCUAUUCAGAUGAUGUUUGGCAUGAUGGCAUGACGAUUGAUACAUCUGAGAUAUAUUUCACCGACUCGAGUUUGCCGAGUCUUUUGCCUGGGAUGUUUGAUGAGGAAAACAAUUUGACAUGGGGGAAAUUCACCACUGCAGGCCCUACAUUAAGUUUGCUCGAUGACGAUAUUAUUUACAUUAUGGCGAAGGAGAGCAUGUGCCAUCGGACAGCAUAUGUACUCGCUGUCAACACCAAAAGUUUGAAGCUCGAAUCUGGUGCGCAAUGUUCUGCUCAAAAGAUGAGUUGGUUUGAACCCACCUAUGAGCCCUAUCUUCUUCUUAGCUCUUUCGGUACGACUUCAGAGUUGGUUAAAGAAUUUGAAACCAAGGCAACAAUAAUGGAAACCAAGGACGGAUCGAUCCUCUCGGUGUUGUCCAAGCGUCUCCACGCACUGCGGAAGCAGCAAAAUCGCAUCGCGCAGAUGGAAGAGUCUGUUGCCGCCGGCAAGACGCUUAGCCAAGAGCAGCAAAAGGAGGCGAUGCGCUCCAAGCCUGUCCUCGCCGCAGUCAUCGACGAGCUCGAGCGCCUCCGUGCGCCGCUCGCUGCCGCCCUAGCCGAGGAACUCUCCACCAUCUCCGCCCCUGCUGCCGGUUCCUCGUCCAUCUAGGACCUCCUCGUCCUUGAGCUGCACUAUUUCCAUUCUGUUUUUUACUAGAAUCCUUGUGAGUUUUUCUAUGCGAGGUGUUGGGUGUCACCAUAGCAGAAGACGCAGAGUUGUGGCGAAGUUAUUUUCUGAUAAAAUGUUUCUCCUUGCGCCUGAUAUACUUGUGGUUUGUUUAGCGUUGGGAAGAUUCUGCUGGUAGGAUUUGGUCAGACAAUUGACAUAGAGAACAGUUCUGGUUUCUUGUGUUCCCAGAAGACUUGUCCAGCUCGAUCCUCCGCUCGUUUGAUUGAUUCAAAAGGGUAGGAGAGCAUACAUAGCAACUAGCAAGCAGUAUGGGUGGCAUCAUACUGGUAGGACUUUGUCAGACAGCUAGCUGACCUGAAGAAAAGUUCUGGUUUCUUGUGUUCUGGGAACUCUUGAUACGGCCAGUCCUAGCUCCGAUCUUGUUGAUGUUGCAGUUGCUCGAGGAUUUAAACGCAUGCAAGUUGGUUCGGCCACUGCUACCUAUCAUAUGCUUAACAUGGACCAAGGGGCGCAUGCAUAUGCUAGUACAUGCACGUACAAUGCCAAAGCAUUAGCUGGUUCAGCUCUAAACACAUCAGGUUCAGAUCUUGUUCGGAGCUCUGAUAAAAUAAGAGAUACAAUUGAUUUGUUUGAGUUGCCAAGGCCGCCGGAAGUAAAUCCUGAUUCAGUUUGGACACGUAUAGAUGAUUUUAUGUGGGACUCUGAUUGGAGAGAUAGAGGUACAGCUCGCUGGUAUAAAACGAAAGAAGUGCAGACAAGAUUCUUCUUUAUAUUUCUGCCAUGCAAAGAGAAGUACGGCCAUCCAUUAUCUAGAAAUAGAGUUGCAUGGAGCUGCCUUUCCUUAAAGACCGUCGGUUGGGGGCCACCAGCAGAUUGCCUGAGAAGCGCAACCCAUAGCUGAUUAUUUUUGGCAAAUCUUAGUCGGUUGAUAAUUUUAGGAGAGUUCUGUUUAUUUUUCUUUCUUGUAGCAUACUCGUGUUGGGUCGGCUAUAUUGAUAUAAAUAGCCAUAGUAAGGUUUUUGUAAGGCAGGUUAUUUUGAGAUGAAUUAGACACGUGUGUGUUUUUCGGCCGUCGGCCAUUAUCGAGUUUUGAGAAAUCUUGUCAAAAGUCUUUAUUGGCGUGUGAGUUCCUGCGACGCGAUGCGUAGGAGAUUACAAGCUGAAUCUAUACGGUUCAUCCACGUUAUUCCUUCAGAUCGAGGGGUUGGUGUGUUGUUUUUGCGAGGUUUGUGAACAUCUUUGUAAACCUGCAUGUAGUUCUUGUUGCGAUGGAGUUUUGUGUUGUGAAAGAUCGGGCCAUCAACGGAUCGACCCUCGCCUCGAGGUUCGUUCCACAUCAACUCUCCAGUGCCGUGUUAAUGCAUUUGCUUGUUUGAUGCUGCUAGUACAAAGUUGAGUCACUUAUUUUUGGGACAGAGGGAGUAAUAAACCUAGUAGCAAUGGGCCGGGGUCUUGCUUAUUUGAAAUGGAAGGGAAUCAUGGAUGGCUGGAUGCAUCUUUGUCUUACUGCACGGCGCCUCGUGUCUUAAUCAUGUUUUGACUGUUGCUUCCCCCGCUGUUUAAUCCAUCAUU